AUGAAUAAACAGUGGAAUGAUUUAACAAAUGCUCCAAGAGGUCUCGUAAGAGAAUUUGUAGAAAAACAUAAGUCACACUGUAAUCACAAAACUUUAAUAGCGAAUAAUGGUAUAACGGCUGUUAAAGAGAUUAGAUCUAUUAGAAAAUUGGCUUAUGAAAAUUUGGUGAUGUGA